GUAUAAAAGCUCCUUUAUUUGGGAGAAAUAUUUUCCUCAGUAAACACAUUCGUAUUUCGAACAGCAUCAGUAGCCAUUUUCACAAAAAAAUCUUACGCCUAAGAUAAAAAAAAUUGUAUGUCUUAUACUCGAAGGAGUGCAGCUUUAAUCUGAAUGAGAGUGUCACUUUCUCUCCUGUGUGUAUUUGUUUAUUUAGAAAUAUACGAGUGAAUUUUUUUUGUGUGAAAAGGGACACAGCUUUACAGGUUAUUUCUUAUUUUAUACAGCUGUAGUCUUGUAGAUUAUUUCUUACAGCAGUGGUCUCGUAAAACAUUCUUACUUAUUGUGAACGAAGAAUACACUUUCUUCUACUAUACUUAUUUACGAAUUUCAGCCACUUAUAUAUCUUGAUAAAAAAAUGAGGUUUUCUGUAUCAACUUACCGUACCUGUCAAAUCGGCAUAUAAUAUCGCGUCACAAAACGCAACAACAGGCAUACCAAAACAAAAAAAAAAAUCCAAAAAAAAAAAAAAAAAAAAAAUGUGGUAUAAACUUUCUAUAUGCGUCAACGUAUUAUGCAUAUUGCGAAUGAGGAAUUGAUAUUGAAAGUUAAUUUGUCAUGGGAAAAAAGAUUGAGAUCAUUCAUAAUUAGUGAUUGUACCUUUUGGUUUUAUUCAAUAGAAUUCGACAACCGUGGUCUCAGGGGACACGCGAUAAAACGCAUCUGUUUGAAUUAUGCAAAACAAUUUAAUUCAAGAUGGGAUACACGAGCGUGUUUCUAAACCAAACCAUUCAUUGUAUUAGAUGACACACCGUGUAAUCGCGCGAUUUGAUACUAGUACAAUGCGCGUGUAUCACCUUACAGCACGUAUCUUAUAUGCUGCAUUUGACAUCAGAAUGACCCGGGCAGAGAAAUCAAAGUCGGGGUUGAUUAGAUAACAGGGGGAGGGACGGGACAUUGGUGUGUUCGGUAUGUUGACGCCGGGAUAAGUUUUAACGAGGUUUAAUGACAGAAAAUCUAAUUAGCUGGUACAGAUACAGCCGGUGCUUCUGUGAACUCUGGGUUCUACGCGUCUGGUAGAUUCACAGACCGCGGGAUGUUUAUUCAACCUUUCCUUUUGUGAAAGAAAAUAAAACUUGGGAUUUAAUUCAUUUGAAUUCAGGUCGUACAAGUGAUCAUGUGACCAAAUGGUACUCUUCAAAACUGGAAUGUGAACGGAAAUGCGUAGACAUCGAUCCUAGAGCUCUGGCGGACGGCUGCUCUCUCCGCAAUAGCAUUCCUCACCAUGGAUUGGAUUGUUGUCCUAGUACUGACACCACUGAUUAUCUCUGACACCUUGGCUGAUUCAGACAUUUGGAGAGGAAAGCUAUGCAGAUCUCACAUUGGAUACCAUGAAAGCACGGACCAUUACAAACAACACUCGUGUGCAUGGUGUUUUAAUUUUGUCUUCUAUCUAAAAUUCCGUCCAUUCGUUAAUUCCACUGGUCGCCACCCUGUGGUGGAUGUAUUCCAUGAUGGUAGAAGGACACGUUUUGAGUCCAUGGACUUUAGAAAUGCGUCCAUCAAGGCGUCCGUGUGUUCCCUGUUGACCCAGGAUGAAUGUCAUCGAUGGACUUCGUGUUGUGAAGCGGCAGAACAGUGCUGCCACAGACAACUUUCAGAAAACAAGGGAACUAAUUCUUCUUGUGGAAGGAUUUGGGAUGGAUGGUUGUGCUGGAAUGACGCAGCACAAGGAACACAGAGUUACGGGUCCUGUCCGCUGUUUAUGCCAUUUUUUACCCCAUCACGGCAGGCAGUUCGAACCUGUAAGGUGGAUGGGCGGUGGGUACCACGCACAGACUACAAUCCGUGUCUGAAGAAAGAAGAACUAGAGACCACCAUUUUCAUUGGCCUUGGGUGCAGUAUAGCUAGUCUGGUGGUGCUUCUCCCAGCGGUGUUUAUCUUCCUUAAAUUCAGGUCACUCAGAAAACAACAUCGAAUACGGCUUCAUGUAAACUUGUUUCUGUCCUUCGUGUUUAAAGAGGUGAUGGACAUCUUAUGGGAUAUGUUAGUGACGUACGACAAAGUCAAAAGUACGACGGUGUUCGAAACGACAUUGCUGAAAAAUGGCGUGGGGUGUAAGCUUUUGUCGUUCCUGAAGAUCUAUUUUAAGUGCUGUACGUACACUUGGAUGUUCUGUGAGGGGUUUUAUCUCCACCGCCUGAUGUCCAAUGCUUUCUCCCCACCACGAUCACUCAAGGUCAUGUACGCGUUUGGCUGGGCUGUCCCUCUCGUCUCCUCAUCCGUGUACGGGAUUCUCAGAGGAGUCCUAAGCGACGAAAGCUGCUGGGCUAACAGCUAUGAGAAUUUGGAAUGGAUAUUUGACGCACCUAACAUACUGUUCUUGUUCUUAAAUCUCGUCUUUCUGUGCAACAUUUUACGGAUUCUAUUGACCCAAGUACAAACUCAUCCAAACGAACCUGGGAAUUUCAGGAGAGCCGUUAAGGCGAUGUUCAUCCUGAUUCCGUUGUUUGGGAUACAUCUCUUUUUUACAAUAUACCGGAUACCCAUCAGUAAGGAGGGCGGUCUGGAGUACGAGAGAGUGUCUGUUAUAAUCAGUCAUACUCAGGGUUUCUUCGUUGCGAUGGUGUUUUGCUUCCUAAAUGGAGAGGUUAUUUCUAACAUAAGGAGAAGCAUAAGACAUAGUCAAAACAGGUUUUCAACCUCUAAACGACUCAACCAGACCACAAACCAAACUCUCUCUAUAAGGUCCGAGUAUGACGGUACCAAAAAUGGAGACCAGUGUUACAAGUCGUUGAUUGUGCCUACAGAUGGAACGGAGGAAAUGGAACUAAAAGAAACCUCAACAAAUGGCAAUAUUCAUCACCAUACUUUGCAGGACAAUACAUGAAGCAAUGGAAAUUUUAAUUUAUAGAAACCGUUUUUGAAAUGUCUCAGUCCGCCCGUAUCGAGAUGACUUUAGGACGACGAAUGGAUACUUUCCAUCACAAAGUGCUUGUAUUCUUACUAAAUCUACAGUACAGCGUGUGAAAGAGUGAAACAACCCGGUGAUAUUAUAUGACAUGUUUUACAACAGUCAUUGGAGAAGUUAUUCUCUAAUCAGUGAACACAUAUUGUAAAGGUUUUUAAGUGCCAGAUGAUGGAUGUCUAAAUGUGAAACAAUGGAUAUUUAAUGUAUACGUUUCUCUGCAAUGUUAAAGACUCUUAAAUCGAUUUCAAACUUUCCCACUAGAUUUUAGACCCUGUCACUGCUCUUUUCAACGUGUUCAUCAUUGUCUCAUGGAUAAAUCGAACCAAUGUCAUCAUUGUAUCAUGGAUAAAUCGAACCAAUGUAAUCAUUGUAUCAUGGAUAAAUUGAACCAAUGUAAUCAUUGUAUCAUGGAUAAAUCGAACCAACGCUGUUCAAAUCAGUACUGUCACCUAUCAAAAUCGAUUGUGAAAUUUGUCUUGUGAGUUUUCAUCAUCCGUUGGAUUAAUCUUAUUGUAAUGACUUUAUUUGAAUUUAAUUUAACAUAUUAUAUAUAUAUUAUUAAAUGCCAGAAAUCUAA